AUGACCAGCGCCGGGGGGGGCGUGUCUUCCCCCCGUGACUCUCCCCUGCGGCCCGCUGCGGCCAUACUUGCGGCGAACCCUGUCUCGGGCACUAACCGAGACAGGGCUUCCAUGACGGUUCCUAACUUUUCCGUCAUCAUGCUCUCCAUUUUUGCGGUGGCCUGGUCGAUGGCUGUUGCCCUCUGUUGGUAUGCCCUUGUUGUGUGACCUCCAGAGUCCAAAGAGUGUUGUUAACGGCAUGUAUUAUCGUAGGGGGACAUGAGGGAGAAGGAGGGAGGAAGAGUGCCAGGCCCAAAGUCAGUCGGAAAGGGGGCCCGCAACUCGAAUCUCAAGGUCUCUCCUAGCCGCCCCUCAAGGCAAUCCCAUCUGCGGUACACGAAACCGCCAGUGAUUUGGUACAAUCCGACUAAUCUACCUCCACGCACGAACACCCUCCCUUGGUUCUUUACGCCAGUGAAUAACCACCACUCGUGCGUCGAAGAGUACAUCCGAAAAGCACCUAAAACAACGCAAAUCAGAAACAAGGGGAAACCCGCCAUCGGAUCAAAACCCCUUACAAAUCUCAACGCCUUCACGCCGUUCAUAUCACGAAAGAUUCCAACGGCCGUACUGCAACAUCAAGGCAAGACAAUAUCUACCACCGCCCCCGGCUCGCUCUCUACGCCACGCUCGGCUGACUCGACAAGGUCCUCCCUGCGCAGCACAAAAACAAAUCAUCAAGCACGCCCCUACCCUUCUGGUGAUGUCGUACGACAAACUUCGCCAAAAUAGCCACCUUCAAUGCACCUGAUAUCCAUUGUCCGCUCCUCGAAUAACACUGAUAGUCUACACGCCGUAUGCCCUUCCUUACGCAACACAUGCCUAGUAGUUGGGGACGACUUCAUACGCCCUCUCUAGUGUGCCAAACAACGCGCGUCGCUUUCCCCUUCUCGGAAAGGCGCUUUCCUUUCUUCAUUCCUUGAACAAAGGCGACGCCUGGUGAGAUUCGAACUCCCGGCGUAUCCUUACUCGUUACAUGGUCUUAUUCACCAGACUACUCAGUCACUUGGUUGCCUAGAAGCACAUACACGUGGCGAUCGUCCAGCAUUCAAUCAACAAAUCAGACACAUGGUACAUGCAACAUCGUGGAAACACGACCAAACUCCUCCCGUAAAUAGAGUCCAACAACACCCAAGAGGCAACGCCCUCCGUCAUCCAAUAACUGCAAGAUCGAAAUAGUUCCACCUCAAUCAUGAGAGGACGACCAUAACUCUGUCACGUUGCAGAAUAUCUGCAGACCGGGCGCAAAACUCUCCGAGCAUUACACUCUCCAAAACAAAAAACCCACGCACGGCGCCACCCUCCCUUAUUCUGCAACCACACAGGCCACACAGGGAACACAAAACAAGCGGUGACGCGUGAAACUCGAGCAUGUGGCGGCGGAAACACCCAUGGAUUUCAACAAGCAAUUAACAGCGAUCUAUGCAAGUCCGCAACAGCGCCUCACUUGCGACUAUUCACGUGCAAUACAAGUUAUCGCCCUUUACUGCUAAACGCCACAUACAAAAGAAUCAAAAAAAAAAACAAAAUAAAACACAUUCCGGUACCAACCAAAAUGAAGAUAGUGCCCGCGGAAAUCCACCGCGCGGCUGGUCCGUUUUGCUUCCCUCCCCACCCGCCCACACCCGACGUCCCUCGGCGUCCCGACGUUCCUCGGUGUAGCGGUGUAG